AGCGCAGUCUUCAGUUUCCCGGAUCCCCGGACGGACCGACUCACGCGGCCGGAGGCGUAAAAGCCGGCUCCAGUGGACGAUGCCGCUGUGCGCCCAGGAUGUUGUCGCGUUUGCUCCCAUUCCUCGUCACGAUCCCCAGCCUGAGCCUGGAAUUCAGCGCACACGGGACAGAACUGCCGAGCCCUUCCUAUGUGUGGUUUGAAGCCAGAUUUUUCCAGCACAUCCUCCGCUGGACACCUAUCCCAAAUCAGUCUGAGAGAACCUACUACGAAGUGGCCCUCAAGAAGUACGGAACCAAGAUCUGGAAUGACAUCCUCAUCUGUAGAAAGGCUCAGGCGUUGUCCUGCGAUCUCACAGGGUUUACCCUGGAUCUGUACCACAGCUAUGGCUACUUGGCCAGAGUCCGGGCCGUGGACGACAGUCAGUACUCCAACUGGACCAGCACUAAGACUCGCUUCACAGUGGACGAAGUGAUUCUGACGGUGGGUAGCGUGACUCUGAAAGAAACCAACGGCAUCGUCUAUGGGACAAUCCAUCCCCCAAGGCCGGAGAUAGUCCCUGCAGGGGAUGAGUAUGAACAGAUCUUCAAGGAUUACCGCAGUUACAGGGUUUCCAUCCGGAAGUCCUCGGAACAAAAGAACACAACCACGAAAGUGGAACAGGAAAACUUCACCCUCACAGUCCCCAGAGGGAUGAGAGAGUUUUGUGUCAAGGUGAUGCCCUACGUGGAAACCCGCAUUAACAAGGCAGAGUGGUCGGAGGAGCAGUGUUUGCGUGCCACGACGGAGCAGUUUUUCACCGUGACCAAUCUCAGCAUCUUAUUCAUAUCUAUCCUGAUACUCUGUGGAGUCUUGGUCUGCCUGGUUCUCCUGCGGUACAUCCGGCACCCAGGGAAGUUGCCUGCAGUCCUGGUCUUCGAGAAGCCCCAUCUCUUCCUCCUGGCCGACCCUCUCUGCCCAGAAACUCCCAAUGCCAUUCACAUCCUGGACCUGGAGGCCUUCCCGAAGGUGUCACCAGAGCUCAGAGACUCAGACCUGCAUGGCAGUACCGACAGUGGCUUUGGCAGUGGCAAACCAUCACUUCAGACUGAAGAGUCCCAAUUCCUUCUCCCUGACUCCCACCCCCAGAUUCAGGGGACUCUGGGAAAGGAAGAGCCUUCAGAGCUGCAGGACACCUGUGGGGACAACACGGACAGUGGGAUCUGCCUGCAGGAAGCCAGCUCACACACCAGCAUGGGGCCUGCCUGGAAGCAGCGGCUUGGAUAUACCCAUCAGGGCCAGGGUGACGGCGACGUUAACCUAGUCCACAGUUCUCUGGGGCAGCCUAAGUACACACAGGACGGCUCUGCCUUGGGCCAUGCCUGUCUCUUAGAGCCUAAAGUCCCUGAGGAGAAAGACCAAGUCAUAGUGACAUUCCAGGGCUACCAGAAACAGACCAGAUGGGAGGAAGAGGCAGCAGACCCAGCAGAACCCUUGGACGAAGACAUCCCCUUGACGGAUGCCUUUGAUCCUGAACUCGGCGUGCACCUGCAGGAUGAUUUUGCCUGGCCUCCACCAGCUCUGGCCACAGGUUAUUUGAAACAGGAGUCUCAAGGGAUAGCCUCUGCUCCACCAGGGACACCAAGCAGACAGUGGAAUCAACUGGCCAAAGAGUGGUCACUCCUGGGUGCCGUUAGCUGUGAGGACUUAAGCAUAGAAAGUUGGAGUUUUGCCCAUAAGCUUGCCCUCCCUUUGGACUGUGGGGCAGCUCCUGGUGGCCUCCUGGACAGCCUUGGCUCUAACCUGGUCACCCUGCCGUUGAUCUCCAGCCUGCAGGUAGAAGAAUGACAGGGGCUAAGGGCUCUUUGUGUUCCAGCCAUGCCUGCUCCCUCCCUGCACCUGGGAGGCUCAGGAAUCAAAGAAAUACAUGGGUCCUUUCCUGCAGGCCCACUGUGGCUGCCUAGCUCCACAGGGCAGGAAAAGGCUAACUUGCUGCGCAAGCAGUACAUGAGAGGUGGUGGUUAGUCUGCUGAGUGGAGCCCUGAGGUCACCAGCAGAGCUGAGCAGGGUUGACAGAGACCUCCUCAUGCCUCAGGGCUGGGUCCUGCGCUGGAAGGUCCUGUGUUUGGGUGGAACCUUAGGGCUUUCUGGAUGCCGUAAGACUGCAGGCCUGAAGUCAGAUCAGCCUGGAUGUCUGCGGAGGUGUUGGAGUAGCUAGCCUGCUGCAGGGUAAAGGGAAGGCUCGGGAGGUAGAGGAAAGAGCAGGAUCCAGGUUUAAUUUUGUCGUGUAGAGAUGCUUCCUGGCUAGGACUGGUUACUUGUCACUGGGAGAUCUUGGGGUACACAACCACCCUGAAUGAUCAGCCAGUCAGUUCAGAACUACGGGGCAAAAGGGACUGAGACUCAGGAUUUCUGUUCCUCUUGUGAGGUGUCUCCGUUAGCCAUCCACAGACAUCUUCACCUUUGUAAUACGGCUGUGUCCCCUGAAUCACCUGCAGCGGCCGAGCCAUUGCUCCAUGCUGCUCACUAUUGUGACAUCAGAUCAGACAAAACUAUGGCUGUCUGUGUUAGCACACUACCCUUUAGGUGGCCUUAGGGCUUGGGCACUGGCCCAGGCUUAGGAUUUAUGUCUGCUUUUGCUGCUAAUUUCUAACUGCAGACCCAGAGGACAGGGUGCUGGGCUGACUCCUCUGUGUUCAGCUGUGUGACCUCGGGACCAGCAGCUUCCUCGGGGGACUUAAAUAAUGACUAGAUCAUUCAGAAGUCCCUCAUGCUGAAUGUUAACCAAGUUGGCCCUGGGGUGAUAAUUUAGGUCCUACCAACCUCUGGGCUGGAAGGAAGCGGACUACGGAAACCAUCUGCCCAUGGGCAGCUUCUGCCUCAUGCCAGCGUUUCAGAGAUCGUGUGGGAGCCUAGGGCCUUGUGCCAGGAUAGCUGCUAGUCACAGGGGUCCAUGGCUGGUCCCUGCCUUCCUAUACUGCGUUUGAGACCUGUCUUCAAACAGAGGCAGUUUGCAGCUCCCACGCAAGGAUGCUGAGAGAAGCAACAGGGUUGCUCAUCCCUGAGCCCAGAGUUUCUCUGAAGCUUUCCAGAUACAGACUGUGUGACCUAGUGAGGCCAGCCAUGAACUUCAGCACCCCGCCAAGAAGGUCAUGACACUGGUCUGGUACCAGAGCUCCUUCUGGAAUUGAGGGAGCUCUUUGAGAUCCCUUCAGAACCUUUAUUUAUUUAUUUGCUCACUUAUUUAUUGAGGAGGCAGCGUGGCACAGGCGUGGGCCUCUGGGUCUCUCAGGAGGUCUAGUUUUGCCUGCACUGCCUCUAGCUGUGUGACCUUGGGCAAGUCACGUUUCCUCAUGGACCCUCAGUUUUCCUGUCUGUAUGUAAAACUUGAAAAUUGAAAUGGACCUGACUUACUCAAUCCCUAGGAGUGUUGAGUCCCACUGAGGAAGUGGACACGGAUGUGCCUCAAACGGAAUGAGUGGUGUGUGUUUUCAUCCCAAUAAAGUCGGGUGUCUUGUGGAA